CAUAUUAUUCUAUAUUCAAAUCUUACCCAGUUGAAUGUUUGAACCAGAAAAUGCAUGAACGACAAUCUGUGAAAUCGGUAAGAACACGUUUUCCAUAACAAACAAAAUAACAAAUCCUGUUUCCUUUUAACAACACUUCUUGUUCCUUUGUAAAUGUAACACAACACAAUCUCUUCAGUACAAAAAUUUCAUCUUUGUGUUUUUUUUUGUUCUUGCUUCAAAUUUUCCAUUACCCUUUUCAAUGGAACCGUUGAUUUCUCUCAAGGGUCACUUUCAUGUCUUCCCUUCAUUCUCUUCAAACCCCAGAACCACUAUUCCUCCAACUCAAGUCAUUACGUAUAGAAAAAACUCAAUUUUUACGUUAUCUGUUCGAGCACAGGUGGAUCCAAAUGAAGGUUCGGCUACAAUAGCCACAUCUGGUGAAUCUGUGGUUGAAGCUCUCAAAGUUAAGGAAUGGGAAGUAGGAAUGUUUCAUAAUGAGGUUGCUGCUACCCAAGGAAUAAGAAUAAGGAGAAGACCACCAACUGGACCCCCUAAUCAUUAUGUAGGACCUUUUCAAUUCCGGUUGCAGAAUGAGGGCAAUACACCGCGUAACAUCUUGGAAGAGAUCGUGUGGAACAAGGACAACGAAGUCGCACAACUCAAAGAAAGAAAACCCCUUAUUACGAUUAGCAAGGCCCUUGGAAAUGCACCUCCUGUUCGGGAUUUUAUCGGGGCUCUAAGGGCGGCUAAUGAGCGAACUGGAUUGCCGGGAUUGAUUGCUGAAGUGAAGAAGGCUUCACCAAGUAGAGGCAUCUUGAGAGAAAAUUUUGAUCCUGUUGAAAUUGCUCAAUCUUAUGAGAAAGGUGGAGCAGCAUGUCUGAGUGUUCUAACAGAUGAGAAGUAUUUUAAGGGAAGCUUUGAAAAUUUGGAGUUAAUAAGAAAUGCUGGAGUAAAGUGCCCUUUGUUGUGCAAAGAAUUCAUCAUAGAUGCUUGGCAGCUCUACUAUGCUCGAUCGAAAGGUGCAGAUGCAGUGCUUCUAAUUGCUGCUGUUUUACCUGAUCUUGACAUCAAAUACAUGGUUAAGAUAUGCAAAUUACUUGGACUGACAGCUCUUGUUGAGGUGCACGAUGAGAUGGAAUUCGAUCGUGUUCUUGGAAUAGAGGGCGUUGAGCUUAUUGGCAUCAACAACCGUAAUCUUGAAACAUUUGAGUUAGAUAUCAGCACCACGAAGAAGCUUCUUGAAGGAGAGCGAGGCAAAAUAAUCCGUGAGAGAAACAUAAUUAUGGUUGGGGAAUCUGGUCUUUUCACACCUGAAGAUAUUGCUUAUGUACAAGAAGCAGGAGUUAAAGCUGUUUUGGUGGGAGAGUCUAUUGUGAAACAAAGUGAUCCUGGAAAGGGAAUUAGCAAUCUCUUUGGCAAAGAUAUAUCUGUUUGAGUUGGCUUCAUUACAUAGGAGAUGAAAUUAAGGUUCUUCAUCUUGUGCCUUUUGUAUUUGCUUGUACUCAAUUAUCAAAGUCUUGUCAGCAGCAAACAUGUACCAAAACAUCUUUUUGCGUUGACAGUUUUUCAUUACAUAUUAUAAUAAGGUUUUACACUUAUGGUUAUUGUUUCUGUGAUAUUUUUCCCACUUAUGUUGGUUUUAAUGUUAGCAUUUUGUUUUGGCGUA